GCCCUCCUUUCUUUAAAGUUUGAACUGCACACCUAUAACCCUAAAGCACGCAGACGUGUAUUGUGAGCUUGGAAUAUAUAUAAACAAUCUUAUGGAAUAAUUUCUAUCACUCUACAGGUGCAGUGUGUAGCCAUGGCUGCAUGGGUGGAGGCGACCACAAGGGAAAUGGGCCAACCGCUCAUUAACCCAGACAAACCUUCAGUUUCAGUCCCAGGAGACACAGAGAAGCCAGCGUUGAACCCGAAACCCCUCCUCACAGCCAAACCAUUUUCCCUGCAAAGGAAUGCAACCGUCCGCUCGAUCCGGGCCCCCAAAACCAACUUCACCAGACCGCUCCAUCGAGCCGCCUCUUCUGAAACAUUUCUGAAUACCACAGACACUCUGGAAACAUCAGACUUAAAUGGGUCUGAUCGAAGCGCAGCUCAUAAACCCGUCCCGCUCAGCCCAAAACCUGACUUACAGGCUAAGCCUAAACCAGAACCUACUAAGAGUACUAAUGACCAAACCGGUCCAAACUCAAAGCUUGAUGUACCCACUGAAGAUAUAAAGAACGUUCAGCCCAGGAGCAGAGCAAAAUCCUUGGGUUCUCGGGAGAAUCAAAAGAAGGAACAAGGAUCUGAUCCAGACGUCAAAGUGCCUUCACGACUCUGGCCAGCUCGAAACCGUCUCUCCGCGGAUCUGACCUCCAAGUUCCAGUCACCGCCUCAGCCCGAUACUGUCGGGAGAGAGACGGAGAAAGAGGAGCCACCACUUUCUCCUUCAGCAGUGUCUGAGUCUCCGGUGGAGAACGAAGAGGCGGGAUGCAGCAUCAAAAGACGGAUCAGCCUCCUCUUCGAUCGAUCUGCAGUCUCUCAAAUAAACAAAAGAGACGUCACACCUGCUGAAAUAUCUAUCGACAUUAAACAGAGAAUCCAGAAUCUGAGCUUGCCGUCCACUGGUGCUCCUAAAAGUCCACCAUAUGAGAAGACGAAUGAGAGAUCAUCUGAAAGAGAAACGGAGAAAGUUCCUGUUGACAAACCACCAAAUACACCAGAAGUCAAGAACUCUGCUGCUAGUGUGGAGAACGCAGAAGAAGAGGAAGACGAUGAAGAGGACGAGGAGAACUAUGUCGCUGUUCCCGUUUACCAAAGGGUUAGGAUGAGCAUAGAUGCGGAGAAAAAGCUAAAGGAAGAGGAAGAAAAACAGAGAAAAGAUCAGCAGUUAGAGAAAGAACGACAGAAGCAGGAGGAAAUGGGAAGACUUUUGGAGGAGGAGAGGAAGGCUAAAGAAAUCGAGAGACAGCAAGAGGAAGAGAGAAAACAACAAGAGGAGAAGCAAAAGCAGAUGGAUGAAAGGAGAAAGCAAGAGGAAGAAUGGAAGAGAAAAAUUGAAGAAGAAAGAAAAGAGGAGGAGAGGAGGAGGCAGGCCGAAAAGGAGAAGGAGAGACAACAAGAGCAGGAGAGAUUAGAAAGAGAGAAGCAGGUUGAAGAGGAGAAAAGGAGGACUGAAGAAGAAGAAGAGAGACAGAGAGAGGAGGAACGACUGAGACAGGAGAAACUAAAGAAAGAGAGAGAACUGGAAGAAGAGAGACAGAGAGUUCAGGAGAUGGAGAGACAGAAAGAAGAAGAAAAACUGAGAAAAGAACGAGAAAUGGAGAGAAUAAGGAAAGAAAAAGAGAUGGAAGAAGAGAGACUGAAAGAGGAGGAAAGAUUGAGACAAGAACGAGAAAAAGAGAGACUGAAAAAAGAAAAAGAGAUGGAAGAAGAGAGACGAAGAAUUAAUGAGAUGGAGAGACAGAAAGAAGAGGAAAGACUGAGAAAAGAACGAGAAAUGGAGAGAAUACGGAAAGAAAAAGAAAUGGAAGAAGAGAGACUGAAAGAGGAGGAAAGAUUGAGACAAGAGCGAGAAAAGGAGAGACUGAAGAAAGAAAAAGAGAUGGAAGAAGAGAGACUGAAAGAGGAGGAAAGGUUGAGACAAGAACGAGAAAAAGAGAGACUGAAAAAAGAAAAAGAGAUGGAAGAAGAGAGACGAAGAGUUCAGGAGAUGGAGAGACAGAAAGAAGAGGAAAGACUGAGAAAAGAGCAAGAAAUGGAGAGAAUAAGAAAAGAAAAAGAAAUGGAAGAAGAGAGGAGAAGAAUUCAGGAGAUGGAGAGACAGAAAGAAGAGGAAAGAAUGAGAAAAGAACGAGAAAUGGAGAGAAUAAAGAAAGCAAAAGAGAUGGAAGAAGAGAGACGAAGAGUCCAGGAGAUGGAGAGACAGAAAGAAGAAGAAAGACUGAGAAAAGAACGAGAAAUGGAGAGAAUAAAGAAAGAAAAAGAAAUGGAAGAAGAAAGACUGAAAGAGGAGGAAAAAUUGAGACAAGAGCGAGAAAAAGAGAGACUGAAAAAAGAAAAAGAGAUGGAUGAAGAGAGACGAAGACUCCAGGAGAUGGAGAGACAGAAAGAAGAAGAAAGACUGAGAAAAGAACGAGAAAUGGAGAGAGUAAAGAAAGAAAAAGAAAUGGAAGAAGAGAGACAAAGAGCCCAGGAGAUGGAGAGACAGAAAGAAGAGGAAAGACUGAGACUGGAAAAAGAAGAGCGGUUAAAGAAAGAGAGAGAAAUGGAAGAAGAGAGACAAAGACUCCAGGAGAUGGAGAGACAGAAAGAAGAAGAAAAAUUGAGAAAAGAACGAGAAAUGGAGAGAAUUCAAAAAGAGAGAGAAAUUGAGGAAAGAAAAAGAAUGGAAGAAGAAAGACUGAGGCAGGAAAGAGAGAGAGAGAAAGAGCGACUGAAGAAAGAAGAAGAGAAGCUGCGUCAGGAAAGAGAGAACGAGGAGAUGGAGAGGAGUAGAUCACCGGAGAUUCGUCCAGAGGAAGUUCUUGACGCGUCUCAGACUCUCGUCUCCUCGGCCUCUCCUCAACUCCACGAAGUGCUUUACGACGACUUCUCGGUGAAACCACGAAGAUGGGGAACCGGAGCGAGACGUUCCUCGACACCAUCUCCAUCCAGAGAACCUGAGCAGAACCUCCAGCCAGAACCGACGUCCAACGAUCCCGGAUCCCAGGAGCCAUGUGGAGAACGGGGGAGUGUGGAGGAGCUGAUGGGAUCUGAGCCUGAGAACUGUGAACACACACCUCCUGUAUCUGAGCUAGACACACAAGCUGAUGAGGGUCAGCUGAAGGACUGUGAACCCGAGGAAGAUGGAGUUGCGGAACCGGACACUGAGAAUCUGAUCGGGGAAACCGAUGAACAAAGUGAAAACAACGACGAUGUUGAUGGACUUGGCACAGAGAGCAGAAUCAGUCAUGCUCUACAGAGGCUGACUCGGGUUAGACAGAGAAACAGAUCUACUGACUCAGACAGGGCAGACGUCCCGGAUGAGGAGGAGUCACGGGUGCUACCUGUUCUUGAGUCGGCAGCUCCUCUGCUGGACUCCAGCGUUUUACGUUCGAAGGUUGAUCUGGCAAAGAAACGAAGCAUAAAGCGCUCGAUGCCGACGCGUGCCGUCCGACAGAGAGGCGCUCUGCCCGCGCUGACCGAGGGAACGAACCCUGACUGGAGGUUCUGCGACUCCACAGAUGCCAAAGAUCAGUGUUCCAAUGGAAGGGACUCAGAAUCAGAAGAAGAGCCGUCCCGGGACGCCGUGCCCACUCCUGCCCCCUGCCAGCCGAAGAGAGUCCCCAUGUUUCCGGGGAUGAACCCUUCAGCCCUCAUGGCACAGCUAAAGCGGAGAAGUGGAGUGGUGGAAGCAGAAAGUCCAACAGAAGCCCAGACGCCUCCGUCGGUUCCCGCUCGCUCUCCCCGCACACCCACCAUGGCCCUCGGCCCCAGAGUGCUGCCCCCUGUGGACGCCAAGGACAACGCGUCCGGCUCUUCACCCUCAUGGCUGCUUGAGCUCAAAUCCAAGAAGAAAAUGAAUCAGCCUGAUAGUGAAGCAUGAAUCUGUGUAAGUCAAGGUCUGAUGCAGUUUGUUUGAGGAAAUCUGGAAGGAAGUCUGUUUGAUGCCACUAAGAUGCCAAAGGAACUGACAUGCGUAAAUGAGAAGUGCAAUGAGCCUUUCAUUCUCAUACUGACUGAUUAUCAGAUAUGUUUUUCAAAUACGUGUCCCCGGACUAAAAUGUUUGCAGGCUUUGCCAAGAUGCUGUCCUGUUAUGCACCUUUUUACUUUUUUAACAUGAAAGUCUGCAGCCUCAUAAUCAGCACGAGAUGGUUGAAAAGCAUGAGCUGUUUACCAUCAGUCUUGGACCAGUGGGAAGGAACCCAAGCUCAUUUUGAUUCUGUUUACAUUUAUUAAUUUAGCAGGAUGGUAAAACAAGCAAUUCAUUGGAAAGACGUUUCCUAGGUUCAAGCAGGGCCAAAAGCGCUCGUGUCGUCCAUCUCUGAUCUGGGAAAGCAGAUAUCAGUAUAGCUUCAUGCUACAAUGCACUUUAAAUGAGUCACACCACUGGAAAUUGUGCCUUGAGGUCUUAGGCAUUACUUUGCAUUUGAUCUAUAUUUUUUCUUUAAAUCAGAUUUUAAAUAUUGUGUUUAUAUUCAUUAUGGCAUUGCUAUAAAACAUCCUUUUUCUUUCUCUUGUUCUGUUUACAUUGUGCCAUUCCUUUAAACCCUAUUUCUAAACAUCAUUUGAUGGUAAUUUGAUCUUGUUCACUUUUAUUAUAAUUCUUUUUUUCUCUGUAUUUGUACUUGAAUUAAAUCUUGUAAGCAGAGAAGCAUCGAUUAUCAUUUAUGAUGUUUUUUUAUUGUGCUUUGUUGCCCAUGUCCUUACAGUCCGGCCAAGAACACUUUUACAAAACACAAAUCUGAGUUAUGUGUUUUUAGUUGUGUUCCUUUUUCAAUGUUUUUCAGUCAUUUCCAAUGUUUUAUUGACUUCAGCUGUGUAAAUUGCUGCUAGAAGAAUGUUUACCUGUUUAAUGUUGGGCAACGGGAGUUGUGUUUUAUAAAAAAAUGAAUUAUGAAUUACAAUUAAGGGAUAUCUUCAUUAAAUAUUUUUCUAAAUGGGAA